UCCGGUUCACAUCACGCGCGCGGUCCGCCGACACGUCCGAGUUCAUCACCGUUCCCCGGCCGCCGACUCUGAAGUCUGCACGGUCUCGCUGGCCUCAGUCUCGCGCCGCACGCGUUUUCCAGUCGUCGCACGUUUCCUCUCACGUUGAUUAUGAUAUUUUUCCAGUGCACUGACAAUUGGUUCGUCAGCUUCCUAUGCUUGUGCGGUUGUCUGCAGUGACAAUAUUCGUCAAUUAUAAUAUAAUUAAUAUACAUCUCCACUAUCAUCGUUCUAACUUUACACGGGCACAGCCAACUGGCCUGCGACGCUCGCAACUAACGAAUUAAGCGGUUGAUAUUAUAUAUUUUUCCACGGAGCUUAUGUCCUUGUUGCAGCUAACAAACCGUGGAUUAUAUAUACCUACACCAGAUAUGAAAACCAACAAGGUUUAAUCAUAAUAACAUGCCGAGUUGAAAAACGGCAAAUAAUGUCAUCGACCGAGGACGAAAUAUGGUUGUCUAUCGGAAUGGUUGGAAAAUAUAUUGGUUGUCAGUAGUGAUAUUAGUGCAGUUUUCUUCUGCCAACAAGCCUCCGCAAUUUGUCACUGACUGGCAAACCGAAAUUAUUGUUCGGCUGAAAGAAGGCCCUGAGACUCCUAUUGGAAGUCUCAUUUAUCGGGUUCGUGGUAUUGAUCCUGAUGCCGACAAAUUAAUUUUUGGUGUCCGAGAGCCAGGUGAUAAAGUUAUUAGAGUUGAAAAUUUUGGCAGAAGUGAAGCUAAUAUUUAUCUGAAAAUUGAACUAGAUCGUGAGACCAAAGACGAAUAUUCACUAGUGUUGACAUUGACCGAUGGUCACUUGGGAGAUGGAAAUUUCAUUACUCAGAGUUUUUUAUUAAUUGUGGAUGACAUAAAUGACAAUGCACCUAUAUUCAAGCCAUAUCAAAACACAAUAUUUGUACCUGAGGACAGUCCGCCCACGGUGAUUGCAACGGUUGAGGCCACCGAUGCAGAUGAAGGCCCAUAUGGACAGGUGGUUUAUCAUUUACAAGACUCGGAUGCAAUAGAAAGUAACUUAUUUUCUAUAUCUACAUUAAAUGGCCAAGGCGUUAUACGCCUUAUGGGAAGCUUGGAUUAUGAAAAAACAUCGCUGCAUCAAUUGAAAAUCUUAGCUGUUGAUCGUGCAACCGUUGAGAAGAGGAAAACCGGUACAGCUGCCAUAUUUGUGAAAGUACAAGAUGUCGAAGAUCAACCUCCCGAGUUCGUUGUUGUUACACCGGUAGCAAGAGUAAGCGAAGAUGCACCACCAGGGACAUCAAUAAUUCAAGUAAAAGCAAUUGAUGGAGAUCGUGGCAUAGAUAACCGCAUAGUGUAUUCAAUUACACGUGGGGGCAAUGGAAUGUUACAAGUUGAACCAAAUUCUGGUAUUGUCUACACAACGAACGUUUUGGAUCGGGAGGAUCCACUUAUUAUUAAAACUGGUGCCAUUAUUAUUGAGAUUAUGGCCACUGAAGACUCAAAGAAUGUGUUCCCUAAUCCUUCAACAAAAACUGAAGUCACCGUAAUCGUUACGGACGUCAAUGAUGAAACGCCGACAUUCCGUAGUACUCAAUACAUUGCCGAAGUUAACGAAAAUGCCCAACAAAAUACCCCUGUGAAUUUUAUUGGAGACUCAAUACCACAAGUGUAUGAUUACGAUCAAGGUAAAAAUGGAACUUUUCGUUUACGAAUCCAACAAGGACGAAUUGGAUACUUCGAUAUUACACCUUCCGAAGGUAUAAACGAAGCGUCGUUUCUGAUACGUGUGAAUAAGACAGCUGAUUUAGACUAUGAACUCGUUAAAGUUAUUAACUUUACAAUCGUCGCCAUUGAAACAAUAGCUAAAAAUCCAAAAUAUAGUGUUGUGCCCGUUUCCGUUUACAUUCGAGAUGUUAAUGAUAACUACCCAGAGUUUUCACGAUCUAUUUAUGAAGUUUUUGUUUCUGAAAAUUCUGUAUCUGGUAAGACUAUUGGAAAAGUUGAAGCCACUGAUAAAGAUUCUGGUGUAUUUGGAACAAGCGGUAUACGAUAUACAAGUAUAAGAGGAAGUUGCGCUGAUUUUCUUAAAUUACAUGCGGAAUCUGGAGAAAUUAUAAUAAAAUCCGACAGACCUGUAUUUGAUCGAGAACAAAUAUCUAAACACUUUUUAACAAUCGAAGCACGGGAUGAUUUAGGUUUAGGAAACAGAAAUUCUGUUCAGUUAAUUAUUAACGUGGAAGAUGUUAAUGACAACUCACCGCGAUUUCUUUCUUCAAAGUAUGAAACACGACUUAAAGAAAAUCAUCUGAUCUUUGAAUCACCAGUCACCGUGGAAGCAAGAGAUUUAGAUUUAAAUGGCACUAAAAAUUCGGAAAUAUCAUAUCGCAUAUUGCAUUCUGACUAUCCAGUUGAAUGUUUCUCAAUUGACUCCGUUACGGGCGUUUUAAAACCAAUAAGGCCAGUAGAUUUUGAAAAGCUACAAAAUCGAAAGAGCACUAACAGUAUUAACGGAAAUCUGAGACCAAUCAACUUGGUGAUCCAAGCACAAGAUCACGGUUUGCCAUCACUUUCCGAUGAAACUCAUGUAGUUGUAUACGUAGAAGAUGUUAAUGAUUUUGGACCAACAUUUGAAAGCAUAAGUUAUGAAACAAUUAUUUCUGAAGAUUUAGUUGGUGGCAGCACUGUAUUAGAGGUAAAUGCUUGGGAUGAAGAUGGAUCUGCCCCAAACAACAUUGUAGUGUACAGACUUAGUAGUGGAGCAGAAGAUAAAUUUGUGAUUGAUGCAUAUUCAGGUGUGAUAAAAGUUGCCCAUGGGGCAUCUUUGGACCCAGACAAGACUCAGCCAAAGACAUAUGCAUACUAUUUAGAAGUUGUGGCAAUUGAUGGAGGGAUUGGUGAUCAACAACUCAGUUCUUUUGUAAACGUAACGAUUAAAAUUCAAGAUGUAAAUAAUAAACCCCCAUUUUUCAAAGAAAUGGAACCGGUUCACGUAAAAGAAAACGAAUUGGUUGGUAGCAUAAUUACGAAAGUUGAAGCAGAAGAUCCAGAUGCAAAACCGGUCUUGAGAUAUAAAAUCGAUGUGAACACUUCAGAAGCUAGAAAUGAAGAUGGAGUUAUCAUUAGACCGACAGAUUAUGAUUGGCCAUCGGCAUUCGCUUUAAACCCCGUAGAUGGUUAUCUAAGAGUGGGUAAGCUAUUGGACAGAGAAAAAGUUGAAACUAUCCGGCUAGCACUCGUAGUCGAAGACAUUGCUGCAGUUAAUGGCAAACAAAUUGUUCAAACUAUUUUAAUUGUCCAUGUCGAUGACGAAAACGAUAAUGACCCAGUGUUCCGUCAAAAGUUUUAUAAAAGAACUGUGAUGGAAAAUAGUCAACCUGGUGUACCUAUUAUCACCGUGAUGGCGGACGAUGCCGAUAAAAACAGAACAAUCCAUUAUUCAAUAGAAGAUUCGUCAAUGGAUGCUACAGAUUUAAUUAGACUAGAUCCCGAGUCUGGUGAAAUUGUCGUGGCUGGUCGUAUCGAUCACGAGCAAGUACAUUGGAUAAAUGUUAGUGUUCGAGCAUCAGACAAUGGAGUUCCAGCUCGGUUUUCAUUUGCAGAUGUUAUUUUACGUGUAAUCGAUGAAAACGAUAAUAAUCCAUAUUUCAUUGAAGAUACACCCACCAACAUAACAAUUCCAGAAAACACGCCAAUUGGAUCAUCAGUAGCUAUAAUUACAGCAAUGGACGCAGAUUCAGGCGAUUUUGGUAAAAUUACAUACUUGUUGGAUCGUCUAUCAUCACAGGGUAAAUUUACAAUUGAUACAAAUAACGGAGUAUUGAAAGUAGCCGAUACGUUGGAUAGAGAACAGACCAGUACCUAUAAUUUAAUUGUGGAGGCAUGGGAUAAUUAUCAGUUCGGAUACAUUUCCGGCGAAAGUCGGAACGCCUUCAAACAAAUUAUGGUGACGGUUUCCGAUAUAAAUGACAACGCUCCGUUAUUCGACCAUUUACCUUCCGAAUGCGUCGUUGUCACAGAGUUUCAUACCGUAGGUGAUAUGAUUUUAUUAAUAAAAGCUACAGACGCAGACGAUCCGACCACAGUUAAUGGUCGAAUAAUGUUUUCUAUAGAGGAUGGGAAUGAAAGAGAGUUAUUUGGUUUACAUAAUGUUGAUUAUUGGUCUGGACGUUUGUAUACAACUUCGUCGUUGAAAAAUCUCUAUGGAAAUUACAGUCUUCUCAUUCGAGCACAGGAUGGUGGUGAUCCUCAAAAGUCAAGUUUAGCCACCGUGAACGUUUGUGUCACAGACGUCAAUGACAAUGCUCCCCGUUUCGUGUCGCCACCAUACAAUGUAACCGUUAGGUUGCUUCAAAAUAUGACAAUUGGAAGCCCGGUAAUUACAGUGAAAGCUAUUGAUGACGAUGUCGGCCAAAAUGCAGAAGUUAGGUAUCGUUUUAAACAGGAUCUAAUGGGUGAUUGGAAGACAUUUUUGGUGGACGAAAUGACCGGAUUAAUCACAUUAAAAAAAUCAUUAAAUAAAGAAAUUCAAAAAAUCUAUCAGAUCCGUAUAGAAGCUUAUGAUCUUGGUAUACCAACACCCUUAUCGUCCGAUUUAGAACUAACAAUUCACGUACGGAGUACUAAUGACUUUCAACCUAGAUUCUUAAUUGAUGAAAUCACCGUCAAUUUCACAGAACACCGCGAACCAGGAUCUGAAUACUGGCAGCUCAUUGAUACAGUUGAUCGAGAGGAGUUAAUCGAUUUAGAAAAAACACCACCUCCGGUUUGUUACUAUGUGAUAUCUGGAAACGAUAAAAACCUAUUUAUUGUGGAACCUCUUAACCAUAGGAUUUCUGUUGCUUAUGAACUCGAUCGUGAAGUUAAAGAAACCUAUGAAUUACUUGUGAAAGCUAGUGAAGAUUGUUUACACUCUCCACCACCGAUUCAGGGUUUUAUUCAAGAUGAUGAUAGUUUACUUAAAGUUUUAGUUUUUGUUAACGAUAUAAAUGACAACGCACCGGAAUUUGUGAAAAGAGUAUUUACAGGUGGCGUGACUACAGAAGCAGAUUUUGGUGCAGAGUUUAUGCAAAUAAAGGCAAUCGAUGCAGAUAAAGGAAACAAUGCUGAAUUGUCAUAUUACAUCGUUCCUGGUUCUUUGGAAGUAUCGCUAGCAGAAGGAUUGGAUAGUAUUCAAUAUCCCCCGUUUUUGGUAGACAUAGCUACGGGAGCGAUCUAUUUGAAUUUUGAUCCUCAAAAGGGUAUGAAAGGUUACUUUGAUUUUCAAGUGGUGGUUAAUGACACCGGCGGGCUAUACGAUACGGCACGAGUACUAAUUUAUUUGUUACGUGAAGACCAAAGAGUCAGGUUUGUCGUUCGACAGAAUCCAUCUCAGCUACGGGAAAAAGUUGAAAUAUUUAGAGAAAUUUUAGGAAACGUUACUGGAGCUAUAGUAAACGUUGACGAGUACAAAGUUCACGAAACCCACGACGGCAGAGUAGACAAAACAAGAUCGGACAUGUAUCUACAUUUCGUCGAUCAUCAUGAUAAUUCCAUCAUGGAAGUUCCACACGUAUUGCGGAUUAUAGAUGAAAACAUCGAGCAUCUAGAUUCAUUAUUUAAAGAGUUCAACGUACUCGAUACACAGGCAGCUGAGCCGGAACCAUUGCGUCGAGCUUCAAUGAAAGACGACAAUGUGAUUUGGAUGUGGUUGGUCGGUACCACUUUUUUCUUGGGGUUACUAUUAAUAGUCGUCGUAUCCAUUUGUCUGUCGCAACGUUCAAACUAUCGUAGACAACUCAAAGCGGCCACUAUACACGCAUUUGAUCCUAGAACUUCCGAUCAUGUUAAUUCCGCUGCAAUCGGUGGUCGCGUACCGAAUACGAAUAUGCACAGUGUGGCGGGAUCAAAUCCCAUGUGGAUGCAGGCGUAUGAAAACGAAUGGUACAAAGACAGAGAGACUUUAAGUCAAACAUCGGAGCGCGACUCUUUGGACGACAACACUACUACUAGCACGACGUCGCCUCAGCCAAUAGAGCGAUCAACGACUACAUUAUUUAUCAAAAGGUUUUGAAUUGGUUUUCGAUUGCAGUAACGAGUGUAACAUACACACGGACAGUACUGAUGACUACUAUGAGCGGACAAGAAUCACGGUAAAGAACUUGGAAACUACAGAGUUAUGACAUUAGAUUUAACAGGUAUGAUGAGGUAACUGCAGUUGAUGACCACCAACAUUCCACCACGCUCAAGACACGGUGACCCGGCCGGAGAAUAUACCUACAGGCUACAACGAUAUACAUUUUUUUUUUAAUUUUAUACAACAAACCUAAUAUAUAAAAUAUAUGUUUAGUGCUAUAAGGCUGACUCCAAAUCUUUAUGUAUUCUAUAGAGUGGGACAGUGAGUGAACUGCAAUAUUGUUGAACGAUAACUAUAUAUUAUAGUCUCAAGAGAAUGUUGGAUCGUCAAAAUAUUAUGUUAUCUUAAGUAAACUAAUGAUUUAGGUUUUACGUCUAUGAUACUGUUAGGCAAUUUGUUUUGAGACAAAUCCCAUUACAGUACCUAUUUUUGAAUUGCCAACUAUAUUUACUUAUUGUUAUUGUUAUUAAGGGUAUAGCAACCGGUUUGUUCUUAAGGAGUUUAGUAUAGUCAAUAUGCAGAACAUGUGCGAGGGUUGUUGAUUGUGUAUGUUAAAAUUAUCAUUAGUGUGCGUAUUAGAACGCAUAACUUACACAUGCACACUGCAUGUGACUGUUGCGUGAGAGAAUGUUAUUUUUCCGCUGAACGAAUAAAUAUAUAGUAUAUAUACAAAAAGUAGGUAAUAUAUAGUAUAUACCUACUUUUUGUCUAUCAUACAAUUUGAUCUUUUUAUCACAAUACUUCUAAAAACAAAUUUAAACUCGUCAAUUCAUCAUUAAUUUUAACGACUUUUCCGCUAUUUGUAACUAUUUAUUUUAAUUUCACACAUACAUUUCUAUCAGUUUUGGUAUCUGAAAAUCUCAAAUUGAUAUGUAGGAGACGUUGUAAAUGUUAAAAUUCGAAAAUGUGGGAAAGCACCUCCAGCAUAAAUUUCGGUAAACUUCGUGAGAAAAUCCGAUUUGGAGAAAUGUUAUCGUUUUAUUAGUUCGGAUGAUUGACGAUUGUAUGAUAAACAAAAUAUGGGUAUGUAUCGAUACAAAGUAAUGUCCGUUUGCGAUCCCUUUAAAUAAUGUUAAUCGGGUAGGUAUUUUAAAUGAAUUUCAAGCAGUUUUACACCUUUAUGAAAUUCACUACACAGACGUUGGUAAAAGCAUAGUCAGUUUAAGUAAAAAAUGUUUUUCUGUGACAAACUAUUUGAAGCCAUAAGCACACUACUCUAUAAUUAUUCUAUGUAUAAGCACGUUUGUCAUAAAUCGUAGGUACUAAUGUCUGUAAUGUACUAUUAAUAGUUAGUAUUUAUUAGAAUACUAUUAUAUUGUACCCAGUUAAUUUAUAUAAUAUCUAAAUAAUCACUAUGUAGGUACCAUGAUUGCUUCUACUUGGCCAUUUUCAUAGGCGGAAAUCUGGUAUAACUAUUGGGUGUGAGAGAGGGUACAGCAUAAAUUAUACCUAUAUAAUACGAUUAAUAAUUUGUUCUCCAUUUUCCCUAUUUCUCACUUAAAGAAUAGUAUUAAAAUUUCAUAAUAAAUAAAAUGUUUAUUGUUAAAAAAAAUGUAAUUCCACCUUUCUGUGAAAUAUGUAGGUAAGUAGGAAAUCAAAAUCACGAAAAUGUACUAUUGUACACUAUUUUAUACUUGAAAAUAAUGAAAAUUUAUAAAAUAUUGAAUUUAAAGCAUUUAUGUUUACGUACCUAUAAACCCAAUUCCUACAUUGGAUAACUAAAACUUAAAAGUUCAAACACUGGCGAGAAAUCCUACGUAAAUUAAUUUAUUUUCGAGUGAACUAUAGCCAGUGACCGUGAUUUACGUUCACAAAAACUGUUCGUAGAAAAUAUGUAAUUUUUUGUUCAGUCAGAAUAUUUAUUUUAUAAACAAAUCUACCUACUUACCAAUAUUUUCUACGGACAAGAUUCGUAAAUCUGAAAUGUUCAAAUUAUUUGCCAAUCGUUUUUAUGAGGGUAGGACGACCUAGUUUUUAGGAGGCUAAGCCAUCGAUUUCCGCCAUCGGUUUCGGUUUAGGUUUUUUUGUCAAAAUCAUAGCAGAUUUUCCAUGAGUUAGUCACAAUUCACCAAUCGGGUCGAGUAAUAACGCCUGGUGCCUGUCGUCUGCCUAUUAGCAUUGAUUAUACAUAGUAUAAUCAAUGCUAUUAGAUACUGCGCGUUUAUAAGCAAGACCUAUCUAGGAUCUAAUAUUUAUUUAUGAUAAACCUUAACUUUAAUUAUAUGUUUUUAGUGUUUAUAUUGUAUGUCUGUAUAAUAUAGUAUAAGUAUAUCCACUAUACCU